CAGAACGUGAUCCUUCUCCUUCAUUCCAAUUUCACAAUCCUCCACCCACCUCAUGAAUCACAUUCUACGAUUCACUACCUGAUAGACCACACCUGUGCCGGGAAACUCGCUGGUUUCACACUCGUAACCGAACUCUCAAACCCUACCUGACACUUAAACUGCCAUUUCUCAACUUUAGAUGUUGGCGAACCAUUCCAGUCCUUCUUAAUCGUCACCGGAGCAAAUCCGACUCAACGGUUCCGAUCUAUUGAUGAAUGGAAAGUCACGCCUUUAAACCAUCCUCCUCAUAUUCCCCACCACAGUGCCGUCAGUUUACCCUCUCUGAGAUUGAACAUGCAACCCAAAACUUUGAUGAGUCGUUGGUGAUCGGACGAGGGGGGUUUGGAAAAGUUUACAGAGGAACCAUCACUUAUGGGGAAAUUAGUUUGGAUGCUGCAAUUAAGCGGCUGGAAUCUGGUUCUAAUCAAGGAGCAGUAGAAUUUUGGGCUGAAGUUGAGAUGCUCUCCAAAUUAAGGCACUCUCAUUUAGUAUCUUUAAUUGGUUACUGCAAGGAGGGGCAAGAAAUGAUCCUUGUUUAUGAAUAUAUGCGCAAGGGAACUCUUGCAGAUCGGCUCCACAAACGUCGAGCUCCUCUAACUUGGGUGCGAAGACUCAAGAUAUGCAUAGGGGCCGCUCGCGGUUUAGAUUACCUUCACACUGAUACAAAUAUUAAGCCAAGAGUUAUUCAUCGCGAUGUUAAGAGCUCGAAUAUAUUGUUAGAUGACAAUUGGGCAGCUAAGAUUUCUGACUUUGGGUUGUCCAAGAUUGGUCCCACUAAUCAGCCAUCCACUUAUGUUAACACUUUGGUGAGAGGCACAUUUGGAUAUCUAGAUCCUGAUUACUUUCAAACAGGUAGGUUAACUCGAAAAUCUGAUGUGUAUGCCUUUGGGGUGGUACUGCUUGAAGUCUUAUGCGGGAAACAAGCAGUAGAUAGAAGCCUAGAUGAGGAGCACUGGGGUUUGGUAAGAUGGGCUCAAGACUCCAUCAAAGAAGGAAAGCUAAAGCACAUCGUUGAUUCUGCUUUAAGGGGGAAAAUAUCCCCUAAAUGUUUGAAGGAGUUUUCAUUACUAGCUAAGAAGUGUUUGCAUAGCCAUCCAAAGCAACGUCCUACAAUGGCCGAGGUUGUGAUGGGUCUAGAGUCUAUCCUUGCCUUACUGGAGAAAACUGAUAGUACAUUGCACAGCAAACUCUCUGGUAGAAGGGUACUGAGAUUUCUGUUUCCAUUCAAUCGGGAAAACUCAGUUGGAGGUACAAGUUUACAAUCCCUGGAUCGAUACCUCUGUAAUGUUGGAGGUGAAGACCGAAUUGUACAUCGCUUUGACGUUAAUACAAUUGUUUAUGCAACUGAAAAUUUCUCUGAAGCCAAUAAGAUUUAUCAAGGUUGUUUAUAUGACUCCAUGUACAAGGGACGGCUACAAAAUGGACAUGAUAUAACAAUCACUCAAUAUUCUGAUGCCCGUUCAUACGAAGCAUGUAAGAUUUCAGCGUCAAUACUUGUAAAGUUUGAACAUGAAAAUGCGAUUCAGCUGCUUGGAUAUUGCAUUGAAGGAACAAGUGUGUACCUCAUCUUUGACUAUGCAUUCAAUGUUGUUGAUCAGUUGAGUUUUAGGCAUAAUGGAAAACACGAAAACAUACCAGUGAUUGCAGACAUGCCAGCAGAGAAUCCAGUAAGUGAUGCAGCCAUCGAGUUCGACAUGCUUGUCAAGAUGAUUUGGUUCCUCCUUAGGGUGCAAUCUAAUGAUGGUGAUGAUGAAAACUGAUAAAGGGGAAUCGGCUAUGGAGAGGAGGUCGAGAUUGAUGUUAUUGAGUAAUUAAGUUGUGUAACUCAUUAACCUCUACAAUAAUCUCCUUAUAUAUGUACCUAAGAGGAAAUGUAAUUAGUUAAUAAGGGUAAUAUGGUCCAUCAACAAUUACCAA